CGGCGUAGCUAAGUAUGUGCUCUUGUGAGGAAAGUGCAGUUGUGGGCGGGAUGACCAAGAUGGCGUGCGUGUUGGAGCCUCCGCUCCGGAUGAGCGUGUUAUCUGAGGUUACUGCGAGCAGUCGCCAUUAUGUUGACCGUCUCUUUGAUCCAGAUCCCCAAAAGGUCUUACAGGGAGUCAUAGAUAUGAAAAAUGCAGUUAUUGGAAACAAUAAACAGAAAGCAAACCUCAUUGUUUUGGGUGCUGUACCAAGAUUAUUGUAUUUGCUUCAACAAGAGACUUCAAGCACAGAGUUGAAGACUGAAUGUGCAGUGGUUCUAGGCAGCCUGUCAAUGGGCACAGAAAACAAUGUUAAAUCCCUGCUAGAUUGUCACAUUAUUCCAGCCCUGCUUCAAGGUCUGCUGUCAUCAGACCUACGAUUUAUUGAAGCCUGUCUUCGAUGUCUACGUACAGUUUUCACUAGUCCAGUGACUCCUGUGGAACUUUUAUACACUGAUGCAUCGGUUAUUCCACACCUCAUGUUGUUGCUCAGCAGAUCAGUAUACGCCCAGGAGUAUAUAUGUCAGAUUUUUGCUCACUGCUGCAAGGGGCCAGACCAUCAGACAAUAUUAUUUAAUCAUGGUGUGGUCCAGAAUAUCGCUCAUCUAUUAACAUCAGUGUCCUACAAAGUACGUAUGCAAGCAUUAAAGUGCUUUUCAGUCCUAGCAUUUGACAAUCCCCAGGUGUCUAUGACCCUUGCAAAUGUACUGGUUGAUGGAGAAUUGUUGCCACAAAUAUUUGUGAAGAUGCUACAAAGAGAUAAGCCUAUUGAAAUGCAACUGACUGCUGCUAAAUGUCUAACGUACAUGUGUCGUGCAGGAUCUAUUCGAACUGAUGAUAACUGCAUUGUGUUAAAAACACUUCCCUGCCUGGUACGUAUGUGCAGCAAAGAGCGCCUUCUAGAGGUGCGAGUGGAAGGUGCUGAAACCCUUGCUUACCUGAUCGAACCAGAUGUUGAACUUCAGAGAAUUGCCAGUAUCACAGAUCAUCUGAUCUCCAUGCUUGCUGACUAUUUCAAAUACCCCAGCUCAGUCAGUGCCAUCACUGAUAUCAAGAGGCACCAAGAAACAGGGCAGCCUUGCAUUGAUCCAGAGGAGGCAGAGCCCAGAGGGACUAGAGAUGAAUCUCAGUGCACUGCACCCUCUAUUAGCCAUCCUGUCUCGCAAAUUCAACAUGGCUGUCUCCUGACUUCUGAAGAGCUUGACCAUGACUUAAAACAUGCCCAUGAACUCCGCCAGGCAGCUUUCAAGCUUUAUGCCUCUUUGGGAGCCAAUGACGAAGACAUCCGGAAGAAGAUCAUUGAGGCUGAGCAUAUGAUGGACCGAAUUGUGAAUGGCUUGUCAGAGACUAGUGUCAAGGUGCGAUUAGCUGCAGUCAGGUGUUUACACAGUUUGUCCAGAUCAGUCCAGCAACUCAGGACCAGCUUCCAGGAUCACGCUGUGUGGAAGCCAUUAAUGAAGGUGUUGCAGAAUGCUCCUGAUGACAUCUUAGUAGUGGCUUCAUCAACAUUAUGCAAUCUACUCCUGGAGUUCUCCCCUAGUAAAGAGCCUAUUCUGGAAUCUGGAGCUGUGGAAUUGCUGUGUGGUUUGACAUUAAGUGAGAAUCCAGCCCUACGGGUGAAUGGCAUCUGGGCUUUAAUGAACAUGGCUUUUCAGGCAGACCAAAAAAUAAAGUCAGAUAUACUUAGAGGACUGAGCACAGAACAGCUGUUCCGGCUACUCUCCGAUUCUGAUGUCAAUGUACUGAUGAAAACAUUAGGGCUUCUCAGAAAUCUGCUUUCAACACGCCCACAUAUAGACCAGAUAAUGAGCACUCAUGGAAAGCAGAUCAUGCAAGCUGUGACUUUCAUCCUUGAAGGGGAGCAUAACAUAGAAGUCAAGGAGCAGACCCUAUGCAUUCUUGCAAAUAUAGCAGAUGGAACAACAGCAAAAGACCUCAUCAUGACGAAUGAUGACAUCUUGCAGAAAAUCAAGUAUUAUGUGGGUCAUUCCAACCUCAAGCUUCAGCUAGCAGCCAUGUUCUGCAUUGCAAACCUCACGUGGAAUGAAGAAGAAGGUUCGCAAGAACGUCAAGAUAAGCUACGGGAAAUUGGUAUUGUUGACAUCCUGCACAAAUUAAGUCAGUCAACAGAUCCAAACCUCUGUGAUAAAGCAAAAACAGCACUGCAGCAAUAUUUUGCAUAAUCUUGGACAAGAACCAUGUCUUUACUUCCCCCUCACCCUACUUUCUCCUCACUUCACCCAAUGAUGGACAAGACUCUAGCCUGGAUUUCUACUAAAUGCACACAGUCACCUUGGGAUUUCUUUGCUCCACGCAGCAUCUGGUGCAGACAAUGAGUGGCCACAUUAGAAAGGACUAUUCUAUCUAACCUCUUUAGCCCAAAGUGGGUUAUUAUUAUUCAUUUCUUGUUUUUUUCUCUUGUUUUUGGAGUUUUCUGAGCUAAUACGGAUUUUUACACUGUUGCUGCAACCCUUUUUGUGUGUGGCUAAAUACCUCAGCCCUUCUUUUCAUUUCUUAGUAGCAAAUACCUAUUACAAAAUACACACAAGCGCUUGGAUCCUUCCUACAACUUUUUUUUCCGGUUUCACAGGACAAAGAAUCUGCCACACAGAUAACUUCUAUACAGUUUGUAAAAUGUUAUUUAAAAAAGAAAAUCUAUGUAUAAAUAUAUAAAUAUAUAUAUACAUGCGCAAAGUGCAGGAAGAUAAGUGCCCCUAAAAUUUAUGUUGAAUUUUUGAACGUACAGAUUUGUAAGUAAAAUAUAUGCUUUUCUGAAAUGAGUCUUUGUAUAUAUUUUUGGUUUUCUAUAAAUAUAUGGGUGACUUGUUUGCCUGUUCAGACGACACUGAAUUCAUUAAAUUUUUUUCUUUUUCCUCUGAA